UCGAACUCACGAACUUGCACUUGCCAGGCAGGCGCUGUGCUGCUGAGCUAAAUCCCCAGCCUAGAAAGCAUAACUUGUAACACGUUGCAAAACGGGGAGUAACCACAGCUGACACAACGAGAUUCACCAGCAACAUGCAAUUCAAAAACCAAACAUCUGUUUCAGAAUUUCUUCUCCUGGGACUGACAGAGGAUCCACAACUGCAGCCCCUCAUCUUCAGCCUGUUCCUGGUUAUCUACCUGGUCACCAUCCUGGGAAACCUGCUUAUCAUUCUGAUUGUCAGCUGUGACUCCCACCUCCACACCCCCAUGUACUUCUUCCUCUCCACCCUGUCCCUCACUGAUAUUUGUAUAAGCACCAGCACUAUCCCAAAGAUGCUGGUGAACAUGCAGGCACAGGAUCAGAGAAUCAGUUACACAGGAUGCUUCUCCCAGCUUUGUUUUGUAUUAGUGUUUGGUUGUUUAGAAAAUUGUCUCCUUCUGGUAAUGGCCUAUGACCGCUAUGUGGCUAUUUGUCAUCCCCUGAGGUAUACAAUCAUCAUGCAUCCCUGCCUCUGUGUCCUGCUGGUUCUACUCUCUCUGCUCACAAGCAUUGUGCAUGGUCUGCUCCACAGUCUGGCAGCAUUGCCACUGUCCUUUUGCAUGAAUGUGGAAAUCCCACACUUCUUCUGUGAACUUGCUCAGGUCAUCAAGCUGGCCUGUUCUGAUACCUUUAUCAAUGCCAUGCUGAUAUAUUCAGCGGGAAACACAUUUUUUGGUGUUCCUCUCAUUGGUAUCAUUUUCUCUUAUAUUAAAAUCAUCUCCUGUAUUUUGAGAAUGCCAUCAGCUGAGGGAAGGUAUAAAGCUUUUUCAACCUGUGGGUCUCACUUAUUUGUUGUUUCCUUUUUCUAUGGGACAGCUUUUGGUGUGUACUUGAGCUGUACAUUUACUGACUCUUCUACUAAGAAUGCAGUGGCUUCAGUGAUGUACAUUGUGAUCCCUCAAGUGAUCAAUCCCUUUAUCUACAGCUUGAGGAACAAGGAGAUGAAGACAGCUCUGAGGCAUCUCAUAACUGGGAAGCCUUUUACAUGCUGGUGUCAUGGGCUUUGA